AUUAAAAUUCAAAUUUUACGAACCAAAAGCUAGACCUGAUCCAGGCUAUGAAAAACUUCGUUAAUUAAGAAGUGAGUCGACAUUAAUUUGCGAGUCAAAUAAGACAAAAUGACUGAAGAAAAAGAAAUGAAAGAUGAGAAAGUUCAAGAAUUUAAACUAGAUGCAGAAUCAGAACUAAGAUUUGAGGUAGAGGGAAAAGAAAAGGUGACAGUAGAGUUGAAAUCGGGAACAGCAGAAAUUUUUGGAACAGAAUUAGUCAAGAGUAAGAAAUACACGUUUACUUCUGGAUCCAAGAAAGCAGUUUAUACUUGGCAUGGAUGUACAAUAGAACUUAGAGGCAAGUGUGAAGUAGCUUAUGUAGCAAAAGAAACACCAAUGAUUUUUUAUGCUAAUAUUCAUGCAGCAUUGGAACAACAGCGUAGAAAGGCUGAGGAAGAAGAUACCAAAGGACCAACACUUUUGAUUGUGGGACCCACAGACGUAGGGAAGAGUACUUUAUGUAGGAUUCUUCUGAAUUAUGCUGUUCGUCAAGGGAGGAGACCCAUUUUUGUAGAUUUAGAUGUUGGCCAGGGGCAGACAUCUAUACCAGGAACUGUAGGUGCUCUCUUAGUGGAAAGACCAGCAGAUGUUGAGGAAGGAUUCUCUCAACAAGCUCCUUUGGUUUAUCAUUAUGGCCAUAAAAGUCCAGGGAACAACAUUACACUAUACAAUAUGUUAGUUUCCAGAAUAGCUGAAGUUAUCAGUCUACGAGCAGAGAGUAAUAAAAAAGCAAGUGUUAGUGGUGUUAUCAUCAACACGUGUGGGUGGGUGAAGAAUGAAGGUUACCAAGCAAUAACACAUGCAGCACUUGCUUUUGAAGUCGAUAUCAUCUUAGUAAUUGAUCAGGAAAGAUUGUAUAAUGAGUUGGAGCGUGACAUGCCUCCUUUUGUCAGGAUUGUUUCUGUCCCAAAGUCAGGAGGGGUUGUGGAGCGUAACCAGUCUCUUCGAGCAGAAUCAAGAGAUGCAAAAGUGCGGGAAUAUUUUUAUGGUCCUCGUGCACCACUGUAUCCUCACUCUUUUGAUGUGAAGUUUUCUGAUGUAAAAGUUUACAAAAUAGGAGGUGGAUUAAACACUUUGUUUUUAAAUGAAAAUCAAAAUUGCCUUCUCUUUUGAUUUCUGCUUAUGGAAUUUUUUUUAAUCCUACCCCAAAAUUCUUGGUAUUGAAAUAAUGAAAUUACCUUUUCACUUGUAUCCAUUUCUUUGUCUGUUUAAUCAGAAAUGUUUAACAGAUAACACCUAACCUUCUCAUUAUUCAGAUAUC